AAACGCAUAGAGCCUACAUAUAAUCACAGCAUGUUUUUCGUACAUAAUAUUCCUCUUUUCCUCCACCAGUCAUAAUGAUGUAAAACAAAUAAAGCGUGCAUGCAUUACAUACACGACCAGCAGCAGCGUUAACCGGUGAUGUGUCCGCUGCAUUCAUAGGCUGCAGUCUGCAGUCCUGUCUGUGGUCGUGAGGCGGUCUGAAGAGUCUGGAGAGUCUGGAGUCAAAUUCCUGAACACGUAGGAGCUCCUCGAGCUGCUCCAACACGACGCGCGACGCAGCGAGUAACGGAUUACUGAUCAACUGAUCAACUCAUCGAUCACACACACUGAUUUUGUUAUAUUUAUUACUUCUGCCAUUUACAGCACGCCAAGGGAUGUUUUUCCUAUCAAGACACAUGAAGAUCUUUCCUCUCCUGAUCAAAUGCGCAACUGGACCCACUUGUUUGCUGCAGAGGAGAAAUGUGAGAAUCUGAAGUAUCGAUCAGGUAAAUGUUUAUUAUGGACAAAAGGAGCGCGUGUAAAAAGCCGGUUAUUACAAAGUGGGGAGGAAAAAAAAAUAACAGGCUGGGUUGAUUUUUUCCACAACGGAAAUGAGAUCAGUGCCAUUGGCUGGCUCCACUUCUCCUAAAACAUGGUCGAUGUAACUCCAUCGUGCUGGAGGAUCUGAUCUUCUCUCAAACAGCUUCUUGUUAAUGGGAAGAUGUUUGCUGGACUGAUGGGGCUGGACUGUCACAGCAACUCUCUGCUUCACCACCGAGAAGUCAUGGAAGGUGGCAGAGCAUCAGGGACAGCUGGCAGCUCGGCUCGGAAGAGGCUCCACCGAAGACCGGGGUACAUGAGAGGAGAGCAGUCCAGACUACAGAGCACUGCUCAUGGACAGGAGGAGGAGGAAGAGGAGGAGGAAGAAGGGAGGACCACUUGCAUUAGGAACGGAAAAUCUGGACGUCACACUGACAUCACUGAGGAAACCAGCGCUCAGAGGACGAGUCUAACACCUGCUGUCAAAAUGUCCUUAAUGAAUCAGCCUGAAAAACUCACAUGUAGCUCCUGGAAGAGUUUCCUCUGCUCUGUUACCCAUCCUCUUCCCCAUGUGGACUACAGUGCCACUAAUGGUGCACCCAGCCACCGGGGUCCGUCCUCUCCGCCCCAGAAUGAACUCAGGUUAAGCCCGAGCCCGGCCCUCAAAUCCUCCCCAGAGGACUCCUUUAACUCCAGCUUCAGUUUCAUCCAACAGUCUCUCAACUCCAGCCAGAGGACAACCACUGCCACACCAUCCCGGGAACCAGAACCACUAAACCAGUCAACUAGUUUGCCUCAAACAAAACCAGCAACCUUAUCCAUCGAGCACAUCUCAAAACAGUCAACUCCUGUCCAGUCACUGCCCUCCUCCACCCCCAGCAGCCAGGCCGAGAGAGAGGAAUCGUCAUUAGGUGGGAGGUUUUGGCGGGAGUUUACGCCCGACCUCCCUGACUGUGACUCCCGAUCUAUGGACAUAGAGAUCACUUCCUCGCUGUCUGUGGACUCAGACACGGCCUCCGCCUCUUCUGUCACAUCCGGCUACGAGAGUGCCACGCCUGCCUGCGACCAAGGCUGGGACAACUUUGUGAAGAAGUACGAGGGUGUGCUGCAAGACUGCCUCCAAAACAAUCGCACGCACACUAAGAUUGAAUCCAUGAUGUUGAAGCUGCAGAGGCUCCAGCAGAAAGCCAUCUUGGAUGACGACUAUGACGCAGCUGAGCGUUUUGGGAAAAAGCUGGAGGAGCUGUGCAGGGAGCGAGGCGCCCUGAAGCUGGGUUUACCCUCCAGACAGCACAGCGUGGCACUGUUCCUGGAGCGGCUCAGACAGGUGGUGCACGGCGCCCUCCAGAGGACGGACUGCAGUCAGUGCAGGGAGGGUGUAGAGCCGGAUGCAGGAGAGAGGUCCGACUCAUUGCAGGGUCCACUGCAUCGGAGAGAUCGGCUGAUCCAGGAGAAACGGCUGGUAGAGGAGGAGGUAGCGGAGCUGCAGCGGAGGCUGACGGAGCUGAAGGACCGCAGUCGCUGCCUGGAGCAGCAGAUCCAGCAGGAGGAGCAGCAGGUGGAGGCCGAGGAGCUGGAGGGCUCCGUGCUGAGGAGCUGCACCCUGGCCCAGCUACGCGACAUGAGCCGGACCCUGCAGGACCUCGUCACCUCGGAAAACCGCACGCAGAUCUCUGUCUCUCCUUCACCCUCCUUGCUCAGACUCCAGGAGCAGGAGCAGGCUUUGAAUCUAUCCAUCAAGGAAGCCACUGCUAAAGUGGUCAUGAGUCAGAGGCUGGGCAGCAGCCUGAGGAGGAAAGUCAGCGAGACUGAAACUCAGCUUUUGGCGCUGCAUGAAGCCAAACUGGCGGCCAUCUCAGGUAAUGACUUCAGCAGUGCCAAGGAGCUGAAGGCUGAGAUGAAGGCGGUGUACCUGGAGCGGGACCGGCUGGACGCUCUGGCCAAGAGGCUGCACAGCCUCAGCUCGGGGAGCAGCCAGGAGCUAACCAGGAUGAAGGAGCAGCGGCAGCAGCUCAGGCAGGAGCUGGAGCAGAGGGAGGCCCAGCACGAAAGCCGGCUCAAAGAGAACACGACCAAGUACAUCAAGCUGCUGGAGGACAGACUGCACAGCUGUGGCUGCCCAGGCUUGGAGCGGAUCUGGGAAGCCGACCUGGAAGCGUGUCACCUGUUCCUGCGAGGCCUCCAGUUGCGAACUCCCAGCUGCAGCGGAGGAGACAUCGAAGACCUCCCCACUGCAGCAGUUUAUCCUCCAACCCAGCCGUGCACCAAAGAAGAAGAAGACUGCGCCAUGCUGACUGCGUUGGGAGGGCGCUGGUGUCCCGAGGCAAACUUACAGAACUCUGAGUUCACAAAGAAAUUGGAGGAGUUCUUGUUCUCCAUGGAGGAUAAUCACCCAGAGGACGCGUGCAGCGAGGCUGCCGACCUGACGGAGCGCUGUGAGCUGAUCAGUGACAGACUAAUGACCUUGGAAGAUGAAUUGCAGACGGCCAUACUGAACCGAGAUCAGGCCCUCACCCAGUCGCUGGACAAGGAGGUUCAGGAAGUAAAAGCCACUUUACAGACCAUGCUCACGCAGCUCAAAGAGGAAGAAGAGGAGGCAGAGGAAGUGAAUGAGUUACAAGAUGACGACCUCAUGAAAAACGGGACUGAGGAGGAAGAAGAGGAGGAAGAGGAGGAGGAAGAAGAGGACCAGUACUUCAGUGACAGCUGGGGCAUUUGAAAUGGAUGCUUGUCGUGUUUUAUGACCACUCACACACAGACCGGCUCUCUGAGAGCCUGACCUCAGCUUUGCAGUAGGAGUGACCCCACGUCCAUUUACUGUAAAGCCUCACUCACAACCAGCUCUGUGGUGCUGCUCAAAGUUACCACUACAAAGCCUUGGGAAGUCUGUGUAACGUUUUGUCCAGCUACAAAUGGAAAAACAUAUGAAGGAUUUGAUAAAUGUAAAAUAUAAGACACUUUAAUGUUAAUUGUAUACGUUCCUCAAAUCUUGCCAGCGUAAGUUUAACCAGGUAAAGAGUGCCUCAGGCCACCGAGCUGACAUAGUGAUUAUUUUUUCAAUUAAGAUGUUUUUGAACACAGGUUCACGUCUUAAGGCUGUUACACACUGGGGCUGUGACGAAUAAACUACAAAAUACUAAAUAU